ACAAGAGACUCACGAUAUCUCGUUUCCGGUUCCGGGUCCACAGUAUCCUUCACAAACAGUCAAAGAUGUUGGCCCGACUCUCACGUUUCGGGCCCGUCGUGCCCCGGUUACUCUCUAACCCACCGGCUCGGUUCGUGUCCCAGUCGAAGUCGACUGGUGCCGCAGGUUCGACUGCUGUGAUGGAGCUGCACCCGCCCGCGCACGCAGCUGGUCACGGCGAGGUCAACGAGUAUGUCAAGAAUCCAGAUUAUCAUGGCUUCUCCAGUGAUCCUGUGGUGGACCAGUGGAACAUGAGGGUGGGCUUCUUCUUUGGCAUCUCAGUGUCUCUCGUUAUUGGAGGAACAUUUAUCCACUAUUUACCAGACCAUGGAAUGCGACAGUGGGCCAGAAGGGAGGCAGAACAGUUGAUCCUGCAGAGGGAGAAGGAGGGUCUUCCUCUAAUAACUGAGAACUACUAUGACUCGAGCAAGAUUAUUCUGCCCACAGCUGGAGAGGAGUAAAAGUCCAGCAUUCUCUUACUGUAUUUGAGGAUUAUUGUCUUUCACCAUGAUAGAAUAAAGGAUGUAAUAAUUGUG